GGAAAAACGUCGAUAAGUGUCACGCGCUCUUCGUACGUUAGCAAAGAAGAGUGUGUUUUCUUGGGAAAAUCUGGACGAUCAUCGUCAACGAUAGGAGACAGACCGAGAGGAAGAUCGAAGGAAGUGGAUCGAAUUUAUCGUUAACGGGAUCGCACACCUAAGCGAUCUAAAUAGAUAUUAUUUUAACAACUUAUCAUCUAAAGUCCUUUCAGAUUGACAAAUGGUGUUAGCAUUUUUCCUCGGCUUAUGUAUCGCCUCUGCGGUUGGAUUACGUGGUCCACAUCAUCCAAGAAGUUCCGUUUCUCAUCAUCAUUACUCACCUCAGAAAGGUGUUAAGUUAACGCAGGAUACUGAACUGCUUCACGAUGCCACUCACUUGAAAGAAGACAUGGGGCCGAUAUCGUCCCAGCUUGAUUUUUCAAAACUGAGUGAACAGGAGGUCGAAUUCCUUUACUUCAAAGCACAUGAUAUCGAUAAUAAUACUAAAUUAGAUGGUCUUGAAAUUCUAUAUGCCAUACAACAUACUUUUCACGAACAUAAUAUGGUCGACGAAGAUAGAAGUAUGGAUGAGGAUGAGCCACAAAUACAAGAGGACGAAUUGCCACGUCUCGUAGGUCUUAUAGACAGAGUAUUGGAAGAAGAUGAUUCGAAUAAUGAUGGUUAUUUAGGAUACGAUGAGUAUGUCUUGGGAAGACGAAAGGAUCACAUUACCCAAGCAAAAAGGAUUGCUAGAAAUAAUAUAAAAAAUUAAAAGAAAGUCAACUUAUAUACACACACAUAUAAUAUAUACAUAUACAUAUACAGUAUUAUUAAUUGUCAAUAUUUUUUAGUGCUAACAAUUCACAUUUAUCUUUAUAUACCUGUUGUAAGAUUGAAUAUAAUUUUCAAUAUGGUUAUAAGAAAAAUUAAAAUUAAUAAUAUUUAAAAAAAAACUAGUAUACAUUUAUAAUAAUGUUAACUUCAUUAACUAGAUAAUAUUUUAAUUAAUAAUUUUUCUUAUGUGACAAUAUAUAGAAAAGUUCGAUCAGUCUUUAUGAUAAAAAUCCGAGAUAACACAUGGAAUUGGUGUCUAACAAUAAUAUAAACGUCAUCUUAAAUAUGUAUGUAUAUAUAAACAAGAAUUGAUAUUCUAAAAAAGCUUAAUUAUCAUUUCGUA